GUUCCUCUGCCCUCUGGCUGCCGUUGGUGGUUCUCCAAUCUUACCACUUCGUUUUAAGACGCCAUAGUGAACGAUUUAUUUAACCGGAAAGCCGAAAGUGAGUCGAACUGUUUCACGACGGAGUUUAUUCUUAAUAAUUAUUGCUUGAAACAUCUGAGCGAUGGCAGGAAUUGAAAUAGCUAAGGUAAUACAAGAACCUCAGAAUGUUUCUACAGAAAAUAGUAAUGAAAAUCCACGGGAACGGAAUCCUCCGGGCGAUAAUCGCAGUCCGCGUGGUCGAAGAGGAGGAACACGUUUUUCUAGUGGACGCGGUGGCGGGAUGAGCGGAGGAAACAGAUAUAGCGAUGGACCCGAUCGCAUAAUGGAGCGAAUCAUGAGUAUUAGUGGACCUACGCAUGAUUUGCCACCUCAAGAAACUACAGAAAAAAAAUUUAGUGGUCGUAAUCGUCUGUAUAUUGGAAACUUGACAAAUGACGUUACAGAAGAGGAGAUCCAACAAAUGUUUCAACAAUAUGGUGAAACAUCUGAACUUUUUCUAAAUAAAGAGAAAAACUUUUCAUUUGUUAAAAUGGAUUACAGGGUAAAUGCUGAGAAAGCAAAACAUGAAUUAGAUCGCAAAAUGGUUAAAGGACGUGCACUUAAAGUUCGAUUUGCUCCCCUUGAUUCAACGAUUAAAGUUAAGAAUCUUACACCUUGGAUUUCAAAUGAAUUGCUUGAAAAAGCAUUCAGUGUCUUUGGUGAAAUUGAACGUGCUAUAGUUAUAGUAGAUAAAAAGGGGAAGUCCAGUGGAGAAGGAAUUAUAGAAUUUUGCAAGAAGAACUCAGCCCAACUUGCUUUGAGGAAAUGCACAGAAGGAUGCUACCGUCUAACAGCGUCUCCGUUACCUGUGAUUGUUGAAUUAUUUGAACAACAAGAUGAUAUAGAUGGUUAUCCAGAUAAAACUUUACCUCGAACUACUGAAUUUUUCAAAGCUCGUGAAAUUGGUCCAAGAUUUGCAGAAGUAGGAAGUUUUGAAUAUGAGUAUGGAACAAGAUGGAAACAACUUUAUGAAUUGCGUAAACAAAAAAUAGAAGCAAUAGAAAGAGAAAUGGCAAUCGAGGAAGAAAAAUUGGAAGCUCAAAUGGAGUUUGAGCGAUGCGAGUUCGAAACUAAACGCUUAAGGGAAGAAUUGCGUAUGCGUGAGGCUGAUCGUGAGAGGCAAAAGAGAGAAUGGGAAAUGAAAGAAAGACAGGCUGAAGAACAAAGAACACGCGAGGAAGAGUUACGAAGGCGACAGCAAGAAGAAAUGGCAAUGGCUAUUAGAAGACAAGAAGAGGAGCUGCAUAGGCGUCAACAGGAAAAUAAUUUAUUUUUGCAGGGACAAGCAAUGAGAGGAGGUGGAGGAAGCGGAAUAGUAGGGAAAAGUUAUGAUCCCAUUAGUAACGACCGCGAUGGAUUUGGACAACCUGAUGGUGGAAGCAACAUGCCAGUGGAUCCAAAGACAUUUAUGAAUGCUUAUAAUAAUAUGGAUCGCGGUAGUCGUGGGGUUUACAAUGAUGAUCGUAGUCAAAUGGAUUUAAGGGAUACGAGGGCCAAUAUGGGUGGUAAUAGGGGUGGUAGUCGUGGAAAUAGUGCUGGUGGACGUUGGCAAGGUGGAAAUGAUCGUAAUCGUCAGAAUGAUUAUCCUAAUAAAAGGAGACGGUAUUAAAAAUUGCAGAAUUAAAAUAACUUCUAUUUCUUUAAUUGAUUGAGAAGAAUCGAUAGUUCGCAUUGGUAGUCUUCGCUCAUUUUUUCCAACAACGUUUGCGACCGAUCAUCUCUCUCACAUUUUAUAUCAUAGCAUAGCGUUUUCGGAUAAAAAUAGUAGCAUUACAUCUUUACAAAAUUUUUUCUUUAAUUUCUUCUUAUUAUUUUCUCUUCAAAUGUAAAAUCUAUAUCCGUUUUAUUGGAAAUUCUAGCAGCAAUAAAAGCUUAGUACAGAUUGUUGUCUUCGGGACGAUCGUUCAAAUUAUAGAAUCUACGUUCUUCAUUACUUUGGAUGAAUCACUCCACAUUGUUUCAAAGGGUUGAAAUUCUCUGGGCCGAGAUAGUUUCUCAACAUUACUUCAAUAAGCAAAUCUAAAAUAUCUUAUCGAUGAUGAGAAAACAGUCGAAAUCUCUGUUGUAGAAAUGUUAUCGUUCUCCUUAUAUAACGUACAGUCAUUUUUAAUGCUCUAACUUCACCCAUUUCUCGAAUUUAAAAAAAAUCUUAAUACAAUGUUCUAUGAAUUUUUGUAAAUUUUUCGAUGAAGUAUAGAUAUAUUCUUCUACGAAUAUAAAUAUGCGAAUAUAAAGGAUAUCCAUUUAAAAGAAUACUAAUUUGUCACCAAUUUGAUACGUGUAUUGUCAAGUUGCGAAGACUGGCAGAUAUCUUUUUGACUGAAUUGUAAAAAAGAAAUCAAAACACUGUUAAAAACAUUGAUUAGCAACUCGAUCAUAUCAUUUUUAAUGGUAAAGAAAGAACUUGAGUACAGAGUAAUACCGAUUUCUAAAGGAGAGAAUCGCAUAUAGUGGAAAACUGAACCCUAAGUUGUCAAUAGUAGAACAGUGUUAUUUCAUAAAUUUUUGCCAUGCUAACAUAUAAAUAGUAAUGUAUAAUCUCAUAGGAUUUUACUUCAUGAAACAAUAUGUAAAUAUUACAAAUAAUGUAUAUUAACUUUUAUUGCUACUGUAUUGUCAUAGUAUAUACUAUAUUCUAUUCAUAGUUUGUCAUUUCAUUUGAUUCGAUAGAUUUCCAAAGUGAAAGUAUAUACUCUGAUCGUAUCUUUGGUUUUGUUCUUUAUGAUUAUAUAAAAAAAUAUGAAAUUAGCUUAUAAGCGAAAAGUGCGUUUAAUAUUGACUGAUACCAAUAUCAAAGUCAUUUGGUAACUUACCUUUUUAAGAACAAAUAAAAUUGUACAGGCGUAUAUAUGUGUCUGUAUCAAAGAUUGUUUGUUUUACCUUGUGCAUUAUCUCUGUUCGUACAUACGUACACGCAAUCGUACUACACGCUAUCGUAUUACAUAUAGGUGAUAAUUAAGCGAAAGUAUUUUGACAUUGGUAUAUAUAUUAAAUUUCUUUAACUUAAAUGUGAGUUGUGAAUUUCCUAAAAGAAUAGGGACAUUAUAAUUAAAAUAGAAAGUAAUAACAGUAUUAUUUUUUUGUCUUAAACAGCGUUAUAAAAUGUAUCUCUUUUCAAAUGAAUUUUCUUUUUAUAAUCGUUUGAGAAUUCAUUUGAGAUAAAUGUUAAUCAUUAAAAGAUAGUAAACUUUGUCAUAUGAAAAUACUUGCAACGUAUUUGCUUGCCUCAUUUUGGCAGAAAAUUGACAUUUUCAUAUUGACGUUUUAAAUAAAGUUAUAGGCAAUUUAGUAUAAUGAAAAGUAUAUUUACUUAGAGAGAAUUUAAAAAUCAUGGUGAAUGUAAUAUAAAGGAACUAUCUAUUCUGUUUUUAUUAAAAAUCUAUUAUUUUUAAAUAUCGCCGCAUUUCUUUCAGGAAAUCUUCAACAUAAAUCUUUUAAUAAUGUGAGUUUAUAGUACAAAUUUUUAUUAUGAAAAUAUUUUGUAUUUUUUCUAUUCACUUUUUAUAUCAACUAUAAUAUUUACCUUUCCUUCGGAAAAUUUUGUUUAAUUAAAGAUAUAAUAUGAAACAGAAAAAUAUAUUUUCAUAAAAUCUA